UCAAAGACUUACAGAUGUCAUUUUAAAAGCGCGGCAAAGUGUGCAUGAACGCUUCUAUUUUUGUAGUAAAUAUUUCACGAUUUUCGUAAAUAUUAAUUCAAGUUUUUAGAACUCGUCAGUGCCACCGUGUUUUUCUUAUUAAGUAAAACAUUGUGAAUUAAAUUAAAACAGUACAUUGGUAAACAUUGGUGAUUUGGUUGCAUAAACAUAACUUUUGUCACAUAAUUUUUCGUGUACCCCCAAUAUGUCGCGAGUAAAGUUGAAUUUAAUCGCUGCUGCGUGCGAAAACAUGGGUAUUGGCAUUAAUGGGGCUCUGCCAUGGCGAUUGAAAAAAGAGAUGGCAUAUUUCACAACGAUGACGACAAAGGUCAAGGAUUCUACCAAAGUGAAUGCUGUCAUCAUGGGGCGUCGAACCUGGGACUGUAUCCCAAACAAGUACCGCCCUCUGUCGGACCGAGUCAAUAUCGUAGUGACUCGUAAUGUUGAUGCUGUUAAAGAGAAUGUUCCAGAAGGAGUGGUGGUGGUUCCAGGGUUGGAUGAGGCUGUCCAGUACAUCGAAGGUCGAGAGGACAUCGAGUCCUCCUGGGUUAUCGGAGGAUCUUCCAUCUACCAGGCUGCCCUGACACAUCCGAACUGCGGCAAGAUCUACCUGACGGAGAUACAGAAGACGUUCACAUGCGACACUUUCUUCCCGGACAUCGACAAACAACAGUUUGAAUUGGUCAACGAGGAAGAUAUACCCGAAGAAAAGCAGUCCGAAGGUGAAAUAAGCUACUUUUUCCGUGUAUACAAGAGAUUGUAAGUAGUUUUAAAAUUUGUAAUACACAAACUACAUCUACAUGACACUACAUUAUACUGCAAGAAGUUCGUCGGUAUACCGGUAGAUGGCGCUGAACAAGAUUAACAUCGUACAUUGGUACACGUCACUUUAUAUAAGAAGUUCGGCGAUGUGCCGCUAGAUGGCACUGUACAAAACCAAUAUCAUACAAUCUGUUCAAGAAGUUCAACGAUGUAUCAAUAGAUGGCGUUGUACAAUACUUUGUGCGUUGGUUAACUUCAAGAAAUUCGCCGAUAUAUCAAUAGUCAUUGUGUGAAUCUCCUAUAUUGAGUAUUGACACACGACACUACACUGUUCAAGAAUUAAUCGUACAUCGUGUUACACUACAAUCUGUUCAAGAAGUUCAGCUAUCUAUCAAUAGAUGGCAUUGUCCAAUACUCCUUUCGUGUGUUGGUUGACUUAUCUUCAAGACAUUCGGCGAUAUAUCAAUAGUCAUUGUGUAAAACUACUAUAUCGAGCAUUGGCGCUCCACACAACACUGUUCAAGAAAUACAGCUAUUUAUCAAUAGAUGGCAUUGUCCAAUACCCCAUUCAUGUGUUGGUUGACUUAUCUUCAAGAAAUUUGGCGAUAUGUCAAUAGGUGUUGUGUGAAUCUCCUAAAUUGAGCACACUACACUUUGAUCAAGAAGUUCGGCGAUGUACCGCCAGAUGGCACUGUGUAAAAUCGUACAUUCGUACCUUCUAUCUUCAAGAAGUUCGGCGAUGUAUCAAUAGUCAUUGUGUGAAUCUCCUAUAUUGAGCAUAAUUGAGCAUUGGCACACUACACUUUGUUCAAGAAGUUCGGCGAUAUACCGCCAGAUGGCACUAUGUAAAAUCGUACAUUGGUAUUCUAUCUUCAAGAAGUUCCGCGGCGUAUCACUAGAUGGCGUUGUACGGAUCCUGCAUCGCGUUAAUUUUCAUUUGAGUAGACUAUAAGUUUGGAAAAUUGUGUCCUAUAAGUUUGUUUCGGCGAUUCUUCUCUGUUUAGUUAUAUUUAUUGGAGUCUUAAGAUUUUUCAAUGUUCCUAUGUUAAAGUGUUUUUGAAAUUUAUCUACUAAGUAAGUUUGUCCAUCAAUAUGUUUGUUCGUUCGUUCCUUAUGUAAAAACGACUCGAAUUUUUUUAUGUAUAUCCUGUUUGUUUUUGAUAGAUUUUCGAUCGCUUUAUAAUUUACUUAAUUAAGAAUACCUUGUUCGCACUAAGUUAAGCCGAAUUGAAUUGCAAUUGAUUAUCAAAAAAAAAAAGUUAAGGAAAUGUUCAAAUUAACAACAAUAAAAAAAAAAAUUAGAAAAAAAGAAAAAAAAUAUGAAACAAAAAAAAAUACCUAAAAAAAAGAAUGGCAACAGUAGAACGUUAGUUUCAUAAGUAAAGACUUACUGCCAUACUCAGAGACAUUUAAUGAUUACUUAAACUAUUCCUUAGUAACGAUUUUUUACCAAAAACUAUUGCUAAGUACUGGGUUAAGUAACUAAUAAAUGACUCUGAGUACGUCGGUUAGUAUCUAAUAAUAAAAUUAAUCUUAACAAAAACAUUAUUUAUAGAGUUUAUAUUAAGUUUGUGGUUGUUAUAUAAAUGAAACUUAAACAUUUCACUUAUUUUUUUAUAUUUUAUGCAAUAUUUACUUACUGAAAUAAUAUUUUCAAUUCCCACUCAAGAGAUAGCGUUAGUGAGGGUCUAUUAAAACCAAUGAACUUAUCAGAUGGCAAAAAUGUCAGUAAAAUAUUAAUUAUUUUGAUACAUAGACUUUAAACCAUACUAACGCCUCUUUUGGUGAAGUCAAAAAAAUUAAUUAAAAUAAAUUACAUAAGUUCUAUAGCACUCGAAGUUGAAAAAACUGAUUGUUCAUUUAUAAUACUUAUAGCUUUUUAAAAACAUUUUCUAUGAACAUAAAAUCAUUUUCUGUGAAUUUGUUAGAAUUGAAAUCUUUUUAUUAUGUACUAAAAUAAGGUAGGCAGCUUUCGAAUAAUAUUGAAAAACUUUAACGUAUUUUGUAAAACAGAAGUUGUAUUCGCUACCUACCUCUUUAAAAAAAGUAAUGUUAAGAUAUUAUAAGUCUCUUGUUAUUUACUAUUUAGCUACUUUACCUUAUACCUUAGUUUUAUCUAAUCGUUUUUAUUAAAUAGGGGUUAAGGUAAGCGUCCACAUGUCCGUAUCGUACGUAUCGCUUGUAGGUAUUGCUGGUGACGUCAUACGUAAUGCAUAUAAAGGUUGGCAGAUAACUUGGCAAGAUUUUGUUUAGAUUUAUUUCAAGAGAAUUAUUUUAUUAACUAAAAAUACGCGGACGCGGACGUUCAAUAGUCAGCGCAACGUCGCCGCGUCUGCGCACGAUGCUUGUGAGGAUCAAUCCCUGUGCGAUUGGCGGAACUUUCUUAUUAUUUAAAACAAUAAAAUUGCCAAGUUACGUGCCGAAGACUAUACGAUGCGUGCGAUGCGUACGAUGCGGACAUGUGGACAUGUGGACGCUUAACUUUAUACAGAUUAUAUUAUUUAAGUACGUGUCGAAACUGGAGUUCGUUCGGCGCUCAGUACCCUUAGUACGAGUUUGUUUUACGUUUUGAGAUCGAAACACGAGUAGUUGUGAUUUGUAUAUGAACUUGUAUAUUUGUACCACGGCCCAGGAGAAAAUCUCAGUAUGGGACAACGUUGUGUUUUAAAGAAGCAACGAGAGCGCGUUCUGCGCUAUGAUUGGCCGGCUCAAAUGAACCAACCAAUUAGAGCUCCGAACGCGCUUUUGAUUGAUCGUUAAACGUACCUAAUACGAAUUCGUACUAAGCCCUAUGAUAGGUUGCUUUGCUUCAAUGGAGCCUGCCAAUCAGAGCGCCGAACGCAGUCUCGUUAUACGCAAAACAAACUCGUACUAAGGUCUCUGUAUACGUAAAGAAUAUUUUUAUAUGUAUAUGCUUAUACUAUGUCAAUCGCUAUUGAAACUGCCUUCAUAAUUUUAAGGUAUAGUUUAGACAUAAUUCACGACCAAAUACACUACUUUUGAGUGGAAAGUUAAUCUUUAUUUGAAUAGAAAUAAGGGCCAUU